UCUUAAUGUCCUCCUGUGAGAAACAAAAUAUUUGUUAUUACAAUAACGACAACAACAGAAAAAGAGGGGUGAAGUUAUACAUCGGCGCCUGCGGAUACUGGUUAUAGUCUCCACCUGCGCGCUCCAAGUCUCCAUCUUCCCCGUGAACAGCUGUCAAGGAAUGCGUCUGGGUAGACCUCAACAAGCCAUCGCAACAUCACUUGACUGACUGAUAGUGACAGGCAUGGAUGCUCUGUGAUGAUUCACUCUCUGCCGCAGCAAUGAGUAACCAAUUCAAAAACACCUCUUCCUCAACCUGGGAUGUUCAAGAAGGAGGGAAUUCCACGCCACCUCCAUCAUUCCAGUUCGAGCUGGAACCGGUGGCCAUAAGCGUCAACCCCUGGGAUAUAGUCCUGUGUGUCACGGGAACCCUAAUGUCCUGCGAAAAUGCAAUCGUCCUUGCCUUAAUUAUUUACACGCCCACCCUGAAAGCGCCCAUGUUCGUGUUGAUAGGGAGUUUGGCUUUCGCGGACCUACUGGCGGGGCUUGGUUUGAUAGUGAAUUUCACCAUCACCUACAUUUUUGAUACGGGAUUCGUGACGCUGCUAUCAGCUGGACUGCUCAUCACUGCUUUUUCGGCCUCCAUUCUCAAUAUCCUGGCAAUCACUGUGGAUAGAUACCUCUCCCUUUACAACGCACUGACUUACCACACGGAAAGAACGGCGAUUUUUACCAUCGUCACCCUGGUGCUCAUUUGGGUGACUAGCAUCACUCUGGGCGCGCUACCGAUCAUGGGAUGGAACUGCCUUGAGGAUGAGACGACUUGCAGCAUUUGCGCCCCCAUUGAUAAAAAUCACGCCGCCGCACUGGCGGUGACUUUUCUUUUUGUAUUUGCACUUAUUUUGCAACUAUACCUCCAGAUUUGCAAGAUUGCUUUUCGGCAUGCACAGCAAAUCGCCGUGCAGCAGCAGUUCAUGAAUACCUCCCACUCCUCCUCCCCCACCACUAAAGGGGUAUCCACCCUCUCCAUUAUCCUUGGCACCUUUGCAUUGUGCUGGAUCCCUUUCGCCAUGUACUCUCUGGUGGCGGACAUCGGAUACCCCCCUAUCUAUACCUACGUCACCGCUCUCCCGGCCAUUUGUCACUCUAUGAUAAACCCCAUCAUUUAUGCUUUCAGAAAUCCCGACAUUCAGAAAUCUAUGAGACUCGCGUGUUGUUGUGGAUGUGUAUCUUCCAACUUUUCUCUGAGACAAAGGACACCAAGUGAUGUAUAGGCAAACCUUUUAGUGUUAUAGCCUAACAAGUAGUUACAAGCACAUCACCAUUUUACUGACUAUGCCGAAAAGCUUUGUAAGUGUUUUGUUUUGCAUUUCAUGUGUAGUGAAUAACUGUCAUCUUGUUGCAUCUUUUACUGAUGAUAGCAUUAGGAUAUGCCUAUCUCUUCUCAAAAUAUAGCCGUUCAAUCUCUCUAAAAGUGGAUUGUGCCAGAGCUACAUGCACAGUAUUGAUGCACCUUUAAUAUGGAGGUAGUAGCCUUCACUGUAUAGUAAAGGCCUCAUAUUACACCCUUUUUAUUAUAAUAGAUGCGUUUAUAAGUGUACCCCACUGGGCAGACGUCAAUUCAUCUGAAGUCAAUUUUAUUCCACGUUGGUUCAACGUUGAUUCAACCAGUGUGUUUCCAGUGGGACAUGUCUUGUGCAGUUACUCGGUGUUGCUCAUAAAGUAUUCAGAGUAGCCUAGCCCCCUGACUCAAUAGGCAAAUACCUGUUCUGUGUCAGUACAAUAGGGGUAAGGAAACUAACUACUCCUAAUGUCACCGUAUUGAUUCGAUUCAUUGGGAAUAAUGUUUAUCAAAGGUUGUUGAAUGUUCAUCAGAAUGAUGCCAAAACGUGGUAGGCUACUGACUUACUGCGUCUCUGCACCUUCAAAACUAUGUUGAAACUGUCCCCUUAGUCUGUAAAACUUUGGGGCAAGUGAAAGUGAGCUGAUUUUGUGAUUAAUUAACGUUUUAUUACGAGGGAGAAAGGCUGGAAUGAGUGGACAGCUCUGUGUAAUUCAGCGCCUGCAUUUUCAGCACCAUUGACAGCGAAACGUGAGCUAUCGCCCACUCAAUAACGCACGCGUAUGCCUGGUUAUGCGAGCUAUGUGGCGUAAUCUGCCAUAAAUAAUACACCAGCAGUAGAGAAUAACCCUCACAUGUGUGCAUAUUGAAUUCAAGACAAAAACAGCAAAAUAGUGUCAGCCAAAGUUUUCCAAAUGAACGCGCCCAGACAGUAUCACAUAUUCCCAGUGUGACAAGGCACUCUAAAUGUUUAAAGUGGUAAACUCCUUACAUUCGCCACACACAACACUACCUGCUUAUAAGUACAAUAGUCCACGUGCAAUAUCUGUAUGCCCAUAGCCAACACACCCUCGGUAGACCUAACACAUCGACAUCUGAUUGGGGACAGAUGUCAUCAUAUCUUUUUAUUGCUUAUAACAUUGGCCAUUGCACAUGUUUUCACAACGAAUCAAUAUUUGUCAAACCGAGGUUUGUCUGUAGGGUGGUUGUACAUAAUAGGUGCAGUGCAUCUAAAUUAUGCCAAUAAUACAGUUUUGUUCUGCUGUUAUGGCACUCGUUCCAAUAGUUGGCAAACACCAAUUUUCUACAGAAUGUCUUCAUUGUUUUGCCUUACUAUGUCUCACUGGCAAUAAUGUAUAACUUGUGUAUAGUGAUAAACUGAAUGACAUUUAUAUGUUGGUUCUCAAUAGAAAGUGAUCAAUAUACGUAACGAAUAGCCAUUUGCCAGUUUAUGACUGUAUGGUACAGUAUGAGCAACUCUAUGAUUUCAAUAGUGUAUGGUGUACAGUACUUGAAUGAUAAUGCAAUGUCUGUUGUUUGAGAUGUGUGUGGAGAGCCCGUAGGCUCAUCUACUGCCCAUACACUAGUAGUUCAGCCAAAGAGCUGCUAUAAGCAAUCCACAAUAAUUGGAACCCUCAAUUUGAUAUUCUAUUAUUUCAGUCAACAUUGGAGGGACUAGUGUCUGCAACUAGUGUCAUCGCUAUUGAAUUGAAGACGAUUUUGUGUGUGCUGCAAAGCUUUGCUUGUAGUAAUACUGUAUGGAAUGCUGGUGUACGAUUCAAAUGAUUCACUGUCACUCAUCCACCACAGUCAGCCUGAUUGAUUUAGCUAUAUAGUAUUCUCACAGGGUUUAGAAGUCCAUAAGGUCUUAUCAUAUUAAUAUAAAGCUAUAUUUUUAUAUAUUUAUUGAAAACAAUGUAUGUAGUUUGUCUAUCUUUUUUUAAAUAAUCAAUUAUUCAUGUUGUCUUAAAAAAAAAACUACUUCAAUGUGUCUUGUUCAACUGGUUUAGAAAUGUAUUCAAGGAAUGAUUGUGUUCAUAAAUGACACCAAACGAUUGCAACACUACUGUCAAAGUUGUUUGCUUUCUCAAGAUCCUGGAGCACUCGUUGUGUUGCAUUGAUUACUUCUGUUCAAAACACUUCACCAUAUUGUCACCAAGACAGGGUUUUAGUUUAGGUUUUUGUAACAAAGGCAAUCAACCAAAUCUGUAGCAAGGAGAUAUCCAAACUAGGUGUCUGUGGAAAGGGUCAAUAAAUGUUUGUUUACCA